AUGGAGAUCCGGCAGCACGAGUGGCUCUCGGCCUCCCCGCACGAGGGCUUUGAGCAGAUGAGGCUGAAAAGCCGCCCCAAGGAGCCCUCGCCGAGCCUGACCCGAGUGGGCGCGAACUUCUACAGCAGCGUCAAGCAGCAGGACUACAGCGCCAGCGUCUGGCUCCGGAGGAAAGACAAGCUGGAGCACUCCCAGCAGAAGUGCAUCGUGAUCUUUGCACUGGUGUGCUGCUUUGCCAUUCUCGUUGCAUUGAUAUUUUCAGCCGUGGACAUCAUGGGAGAGGAUGAGGAUGGGCUCUCAGAAAAAAAUUGUCAAAAUAAAUGUCGAAUUGCCCUGGUGGAAAAUAUUCCUGACGGCCUUACCUAUUCAGAAAAUGCACCAUUUCACUUAUCACUUUUCCAAGGCUGGAUGAAUUUACUCAGCAUGGCCAAAAAGUCUGUUGACAUAGUAUCUUCCCAUUGGGAUCUCAACCACAGUCAUCCAUCAGCAUGUCAGGGUCAACGUCUUUUCGAAAAGUUGCUCCAACUGACUUCUCAAAAUGUUGAAAUCAAGCUAGUGAGUGAUGUAACAGCUGAUUCAAAGGUAUUAGAAGCCUUGAAAUCAAAGGGAGCUGAGGUGACCUACAUGAACAUGACUGCCUACAACAAGGGCCGGCUGCAGUCCUCCUUCUGGAUUGUGGACAAACAGCAUGUUUACAUCGGCAGUGCUGGUUUGGACUGGCAGUCCCUGGGACAGAUGAAAGAACUUGGUGUCAUCUUCUACAACUGCAGCUGCCUGGUCCUAGAUUUACAAAGGAUAUUCGCUUUAUAUAGUUCACUAAAAUUCAAGAGCAGAGUACCUCAGACCUGGUCCAAGAGGCUCUAUGGGGUCUAUGACAAUGAAAAGAAAUUGCAGCUUCAGUUGAAUGAAACCAAAUCUCAAGCAUUUGUGUCGAAUUCUCCCAAACUGUUUUGCCCUAAAAACAGAAGCUUUGACAUAGACGCCAUCUACAGUGUAAUAGAUGAUGCCAAGCAAUACGUGUACAUCGCAGUCAUGGACUACCUGCCUAUCUCCAGCACAAGCACCAAAAGGACUUACUGGCCAGACUUGGAUGGGAAAAUUAGAGAAGCGUUAGUUUUGCGAAGCAUUAAAGUUCGACUCCUUAUCAGCUUCUGGAAGGAAACUGACCCCCUCACAUUUAACUUUAUUUCAUCUCUUAAAGCUAUUUGCACUGAAAUAGCCAACUGCAGUUUGAAAGUUAAAUUUUUUGAUCUGGAAAGAGAGAAUGCUUGUGUUACAAAAGAACAAAAGAAUCACACCUUCCCUAGAUUAAAUCGCAACAAGUACAUGGUGACGGAUGGCGCAGCUUAUAUUGGAAAUUUUGACUGGGUAGGGAAUGAUUUUACCCAGAAUGCUGGCACAGGCCUUGUUAUCAACCAAGCAGAUGUGAGAAACAACACAAGCAUCAUUAAGCAACUUAAGGAUGUAUUUGAAAGGGACUGGUACUCGCCCUACUCCAGAACCUUGCAGCCCACCAAGCAGCCGAACUGCUCAAGCCUCUUCAAACUCAGACCCUCCUCAAAUAAAACUGUCACCUACAACGCAAGUGGAAAGGACCCCUAG